AUGGUGACGCAGUGCCCCAUCCGCCCCGGCCGCCGCUACACCUACCGGUACAACGCAACAGGGCAGGAGGGCACGCUGUGGUGGCACGCGCACAGCUCCAUGCUCCGCGCCACCGUCCAUGGCGCCAUCGUCAUCAAGCCCAGGAGUGGCGAGCAGGGGUACCCAUUCCCCAAGCCUGAAAAUGAGGAGAUCAUUCUGCUCGGCGAGUGGUGGAAUCGCAACGUGUUCUACCUGGAGCGCGAGGCCUUCCUCACCGGCAUCCCGGUGGCUCCAGCCGACGCGUACACCAUCAAUGGCAAGCCGGGGGACUUCAACAAAUGUUCAGGCAGUAACCGCAAGCGCAGAACGUACAAGCUCAUAGUGCAGCGCAACUCGACAUACCUGCUUCGGAUCAUCAACGCGGGGGUGAACAUGCCCCUCUUCUUCAAGGUCGCUGGCCACACCUUCACUGUCGUCGCUGCGGACGCAAGCUACACCACGCCGUACAAGACGGACGUCAUCGUCGUCGCGCCCGGGCAGACCGUGGACGCGCUCAUGGUCGCAGACGCCACGCCGUCACGGAGAUAUUACAUGGUGGCGUCCCCUUACCAGAGCGCGCACCCCAACCUGGGAUUUAGCAAAACCAUUGCUACGGCCGUCGUUGAGUACGUCGGAGCACCGAACACGGCACGACGCCGGCCGUUGAUGGCUCAGAUGCCACCAUGCACUGACACGGCGACUGCGCACAGGUUCCUCGCUAGCCUGACUGCGCUCGUCCGCCCUGGCCACCCGACCGUACCUCUCGCCGUGGACACCCGCAUGUUCGUAACCAUAGGGCUCGGCUCCGCGGACUGCCGUCCGGAGCAAACACGGUGUAACAGGAAGCAGCAGGUGUUCGCCGGAAGCAUGAACAACGCCUCAUUCGUGCUCCCUACUACCAUGUCCCUCCUCGAGGCGCACUUCAGGAACGUGACAGGCGUCUACACCCGGGACUUCCCCGACAAGCCGCCCGUGGUGUUCGACUACACCAAGCCACCGCGCAACAUGGACAUCACGACGACUAAAUCGACCAAGGUGAAGACGGUGGCGUACAACGCGACGGUGGAGAUGGUGCUGCAGAACACGGCGUUGGUGGCGCGGGAGAGCCACCCGAUGCACCUUCACGGCCACAACUUCUUCGUGUUGGCCCAGGGGUUCGGCAAUUUCAACCGGGACACCGCCGUGAAGCGGUACAACCUCGUCAACCCACAGGAGCGGAACACCCUCGCCGUGCCACCCGGUGGCUGGGCCGUCAUCCGCUUCCUUGCGAACAACCCUGGCAUGUGGAUUAUGCAUUGCCACUUUGAUGCUCAUCUGCCUAUAGGAUUGGCAAUGGCGUUCGAGGUGCCGAACGGGCCGACUCCAGAGACGGCACUUGCUGCACCGCCGGCUGACUUGCCCCAAUGCUGAGAGUAGUUGGAAGACCAAUCAAGACGUUAUGAAAAGUAGUCGUCCAUUAACCCAUAACGUUCUCUGUUCAUUUUAGUUUA